AUGAAGGAAGCCCUGCGACCACUCGUCGAGGCCAGCGCCUCGGGUAUCCGCGAGAUUGCUCGCGCGGGCUUCCACGCUGGCGCAUCGUGGGCGCUGCUGCCCAGCUGCCCUGCGGCGCCCCCCUGCCCGCCGUACCCGCCCUGCCCCGCGUGCUUCUGCACGUGCGGGGAGGGAGGCGGGGGCGGCGGGGCUCCGGCUGGCGGGGGCGGCGGGGGAGGCAGCCCUCCCUGGUUGGCGGCCGGGGGCGGGCCGGUGUGCGACGCGGUCGCCGACGCGGUCGUGGGGGCGCUGCGCGAGGCGGACUGGUGCUGCUCGCGCUGCUCGCGGGGUUCGGACUCGGACGCCUCAGCCGCGCCGCGUCAGCUCACCUUGAGCCUCGCGAUGGCGCUGGUGCCCAGGGGAUCCUCGCGGCGGCUUCUCCCGGGCUGCAGAGCGGUGGUGCGCUACGCAGGGGACGACCUCUGGCACGAGCGGAUCCUGCUGUACCCAGCAGCCAGUGAGACUGCUGGCGCCGGGCUUCCAGGAACCUGCUGGGUGGUGUACACCCCCGAUCGUGACAUGUACAUCGAGGAGCUUGAAGGAGGGUCGCCCGACGACAGCCCCGUCGAGUGGCUGGAGAUGCCGCGGGACUUGCGGUUUCCCAGUGGGCUUGGGCGGGCGUAUCGCUUCGAGGAGUCGCCGACGGAGGAGGUGAUGAAGGGCCUCUAUCGUCGGGCCUUCUCGGCCGCCCAAGCCGAUGCGGAGGCGCGCGGGGUGCAGCUGGAGACGCCGAUGGCGGUGCGAACUGCAGCGGGGCGAGACGUGGCCGUGCAGGAGGCGUUCGGGGCCAACUUCUUCGGGGGCCGACGGAUGACGGGCAAGAGACCUCCUCUUGGUCUGGACCUCGGAGGCGACCACGGGGGACACUCUGGAUCGGUUGCGGCGGCCGCGGAGGGCGUCGGCGACAGCGGCGCCCCGGGGCCUGCGGUUGAGGGGACCAGCACGCCACGGUCGAGCGGCCGUGUAUGGCGAGCAGCCGAGGCCGACGAGCAUUGCCGCAUCGCUCUGGGAGACGAGUUGGGGCCUCCAGCGCAGUCUCUCUGCGGCAAGGGGCUGUACCUCGCAGCGCCCGGGCGAGCCGUGGUGGUGCACCUGACGGGGCUCGACCAGGACUCCUUCGUGAUGAGCCUGCGCAGUGGCGAGGGCCACCCCUUGAGCGCUGGCGCCGGGAACGGGGGAGGAGGAGAUGCCCGAACACUGACGGUGAAGAGUGGGCCGCGGGGCCGAGGCCGAGAGUGGCGCGAGGUCGUGGACGCCUGCGAGGAGGAGCCGUUUGGUGACUUCCCCGUGGCAGGGCCUCGGUCAGCUUGGUGGUGCUUGGAUUUCUUGCGGCGGCGGCACACCCCUACGGAUCAUCAUCUGAUGUUCAAGACGACGGCGAGGCUCCAGUCGGAGCAGUGGGGGGUGCAGGAGCAUGAGCAGCUCAUGAAGUAUAUCGAGCUGGCGGGCACUUAUGAUCAGCUGGACCUCAGCAACUGUGCCUUCGCCGAGGCCAUUUUUCGGCGGGCGCAGACUAUCGAGUGGAGCUACCACGAUCGUUUGCGUGAGGCCGACUCGGCUAGCUCCAAGGACAAGAUGAGUCCCGAGGAGUUCUCGGCUUUCAGCGGUUUCAGCAAGGCUGGGGACCUUCUAAUGGUGGCCCCUACGCUCCUCGAGUUCGUGAAAGGCCAGGUCGAGAAGGACGCCGCCAUCAUGAAGAACAUCAGGAAGGCCCGAGAAGAACGAGAGCUCCGCCGCAAAGGAGCCCUCCGUGAGCUCCGCGGUGCUGGCGUGUACGAGGACAUCGACUCGCCAGUCGUCAGCUUCGACGAUUCCCUCGUCUCGCUGCCCGAGGCCGGCAACGUGCCUGUGCCGCUUGGGGAGCUGGUUGCAGGCGUGGGCGAUCUAGAUGUCGAGGCAUCAAUACACGAGCAGCUCCUUCCACGCAAGGAUGCGGAUUCCAACCUCUCUGAGGCUCCGCGACAGCCGUACAUGGAUGCUGUCCUCCGCGCUCAGCCACAUGCCUAUACUGGGUUGGUGCGGCGCUUGCAUGCGGCGGGGAUGGUGACUUUCUCUGCCGCGCCACGUGAGAGGUGCGGCCUCUUCUUCGUGCGUAAGAAGUCUGGCAAGCAGCGCAUGGUUAUUGACUGCCGACGGGCUAACUGCUGGUUCAAGAGGCCUUCGACAGUCGCGCUGGCGACGGGCUCUGCACUUGGAGAGCUAGCCGUGCCAGAGGGAGAGCAGCUCUACGUCGGUCACGUGGAUAUCUGCGACGCCUUCUAUCACUUUGGAUUGCCGGAGGCUUUUCGGGACUACUUCGCGCUGCCAGCGGUGAAGGCAGGUGAUAUGGGGCUGAGUGUCCUAGGUGGAAGGUCCCUCGCGCCUGGCAGCCGUGUGUGGCCAGUCCUGGCGGUGCUGCCCAUGGGCUGGUCGCAUGCGCUGUAUUGGUGCCAGACCAUUCACCGCGGGAUCGUGAGCUCCAUCCCCGCGCUGCUCGACGUCCCGUUCAUUUCAGACAAGAGUGUAGCGCCGCCGGUGCAGCCACUGGCGAUGACCGUAUAUGUGGAUAAUUUUCUCGCCUUGGGUACAGAUCCCGAGGCCGUUUCCCGCGCUGUGAAGCUCGUCAACGCAGCCUUGACGUCCAGAGGGUUACCCACUCAUGAGGUGAUGUGCACGGACGCGUCUUUUUGGGGCUUCGGAUUGGUCUGCAAGGACCUCGACAAGGACCUCGUGGGCUCGAUGGGCUGUUUCUCCGAACGGUGGCGCUUCUUGGGCGACAACAAGGUGCUCUCCAGGGCCUGGGCUGCAGGCUCCCAUGACGACGGGAUCAUGACAAAGCCUCUAGAGAGCUCCAAGGACUUCCAGCAGUUCGUGGGGGAUGAGGAGGCUAGCAACGAGGCCCGCACGCGGGCCGCUGGUCGUCUUCCCGAAGCGGUUCGUGACGAAGGUUGGGCGGUGGUGGGCUCGCACAAGUGGGGAUCUCCGCCUGACAACAUCGUGGAGGGGGAAGCCAGGGCUAUCGCUUUUGGGGUAAAGCACAUCUGCAGAUCCACGAAGGCCUUUGACUGUCAUCACCUCCUGCUCUCCGACUCCCUCUCGUCCGUCUUGGCUCUGGGCAAGGGCCGGUCUUCGGCCCCCGGCGUCAGCGGCGCGCUGCGCUCCGUGGCAGCACAUGUCGUGGCGACGGGGCUCCGGCUCAGUGCCCGCUGGCUGCCCAGUGAGUGGAACUUUGCCGACGGACCUUCGCGAGGGCUGCGGCACGCUGGUUAUGCUCGCGCUGGAUACGGCCAGGCUGGAGCGUCGCCGGGCGGCGGGCCAGGCGGAGGAGGCCCGCUCGGUCCCGCGGAGCCGCGCAGCGCCGCCGAGCCGGGCGACGUCGGCACCGUCGCCUCGGAGGCUACGCCUGCGGCCAACGUGGUGGAGUGGCGGAAGCUGGCCCGGGGCGGAGCCACGCUGGCCGAAGCGGAGACGCUGGACGUGCCACAGCUGAGCACAGUGCGGACGCAGACAGUGACGUCCAGGUUCCAGCCGGUGGGCGCCGAGACCAACGACUGGCUGGCCGAGCAAGAGUUACAUACGCAGCCGAUGCUCUCCCUCGACGGCCAGAGGGGUAUCCCACUGGCUCCCGAGGCUGCCGCCGCGCUGGACGACAGACUCGCGAAGAGGAUGUUGGGGCAGUACCUGGAGGGCGUCGACUCCUGGCACGGAGUUCAAAUGCUGGCCGCCCUACAAUGGUGCGACCCGCGUCUCAGCCGCGACUGGGCCCGGGUGCUACAUCCACUCGUCGGCGGAGAGUCGCGGCCCUGCGAGACGGCAGAGUUCGACGAGAGCCCCGUGUUGGACCGCCUCAGCGUGCUCCGCGAGGUCCACGCGAUGGUCUCUCGUCAGUACAGAUUUCUGCCAGUGGGGUACCCCCUGGCGGAAGCGCACCAGCUUCUUAG